CGACAAUCUUCUCCUCCCCUUACGACCGACCCGGAUUGCACAGUGUAUGAUGGAUAUUUCUACGUCACGCCGCGAAACUAUACCUGGCAGCUGCAAUGCUCGAACACCUACGAUGGCGUUAUCCUGGCUCAGACUACAGACACCACGGACUUGGGUUCAUGCAUCGAAGAGUGUGUCAAUUACAAUCGCCUAAACACACCGGGUGCCUGCUUAGCAGUGACCUUCAAUGGUGCCUAUGCUACGGCGGAUACUGUCUGCACCCAAUUCAGCGACGUGACUUCGGUUGGGAUUGCAUCUGAAGAAGGAGGUUUCGAGAACUCGGCUCUGUUGAUCCUUGGUCCGAAUGGAGAAAUUUUCGCGACGCCGCAGCCAGAGCCAUCUUUCUCUGGGGCCCCAUCGCAACCGCCAACCGCUGAUCCAGUGCCUACCUCGACCACAAUAACUUCCCCUGCAACCACAACAAGCACAAUACUAUUGACCUCGAAUUCGCCCACCGCGAGCACUUCGUAUGCCAUUUUCACCACCACCACGACUUCAUACAGUACAGUCGUUGUCACGUCGUGCCCUGCAGGAAGUGGGUCGUGCCAGCAGAGCACGACCCCUACCCCCUUUCCCGCGACAAAUGGGGCGGGCACAUCGGCGAGCAGUCCUCAAACUACAAAUCCGUCGUCCAUAAUCAUCACCGAUGGUGGCUCUAGGCCGGUUACAUCUAUGACAACAACUUCUAGCAGCAGUGCAUCAGGGGCCUUCACAUUUGAUGCGGGUCAGACAACAUUUACAGCUAUUGUCCUAUUCACCGAAUAUAGGCUUCAGAUAAUCGAGGUCUGUGCGGCAACACCGACGCCAUGCUCACAGUCGACCAGCACGGCAACAAGCGUAGAACUCAGAACACAGAUAUCUUGUUCUCCCGGCCCCUGUAUCGGUGUAGCGCCAGCUACCGGGUUUCUGGUCGAUGCACUUGCUACCGGAACUUGCCUCGUUCCUUGA